AUGGAGAUUCUUGGUUACAUGGGCGGCAAGAUCAAAGACCUGGACACCUCACGCGAACUCGAGUACCUACGCAAGAUUCGACAGCCUAAACCGCGCAUUGCUCUCAACGACGAGGAACAGGCUGAGCCCCCUGACCUGAUCGACUCUUUCCUGUCAUCGCUGGCCUAUCAGUUCGAGAUUCAAGACACCCAAAUCAGUUGGUUCGUCGGCGACGCCGUAGAGCUGCCUUCCCUCGAUAAAGAGGAUCUUAUUCUUUCAAUCAAGCUCAUCAGUUUUGGCACGCGUCAAGCCAACUCGGCACGCCUCACUAUCGAAGACUUUCAACUUCAGAUGGUCCCGCCUGGCCAGGACCCACGGAUGCGGUCUCGACACUCUGCACUUCUGCCUGAAAUAGUCUUCAACAUUGCCUAUGUUUCCACUCCUACUGCGAGGCGUCUGGCAUGUCAAGCGGUUGGCAAGUCCCUUGAUUUGCGCCUCACAUCUGGUUUCAUCAUUCCGGUGGCCAACUUAAAAGAUUCCAUAACCUUGUCCAUCAGCAACGUGCAAAAGGCAUCUGAGGACUGGAUCAUGAGCACAACUCAUACCAAGCCUGCUGGGGAAAAGCGAGGAGCCCCGCGAAUCGAAAGCUCCACACUGCGGCCGGCUGGCAUUCUUGGCAAAAAAGGAUUCGAAUCUCUGCUCGUCGAUGCUGACUUUGCCGGUGCCGUCGUCCACGUUUCGGGCAAGAAGGCAGCGGGGGGGAACCGAACCUCAAGAAUCCUACGCCAGUCUGCGGCGGGCGGAAAAUACGGACAAUUCAACCCUGACGAAUCGGGAAGCAGUACUGUUCUUCGAAGCCCUGGCGUGGCUUGCAAAAUCGAAUACAGAGACAACGACCAAGAAGAUCCCGCACUCUACGGAGAGAUCAAGGUCGAUGCAUCGAGCAACACCCUGUAUCCUUCCGUCGUGCCCCUCAUCAUGGAGAUUAUGUCGAGUGUGAAAGAAGUUGUCGGGGACGACACGAGACCAAGCGCGCAGACGUCACCACCACAGCUGAAAGCAGAGGUCAGCAACGAGGAUAACAUUCUGACAGCCGACCCCAAUGCUGUUCUGGGUCGUCUGAAGUUGAAUCUUGGCCUUCGCAUCUGUCGUCAAGAAUUUUCACUCAGUUGUCAGCCUAUCGCCCGCGUGGCCGCCACCGCUUGCUUCGAUGACAUCUACUUCACCGCAAAUACACUAGCUUUGAGGUUGAGUCCCAUCGUGCUCUCCUUUAUGAACAGCAAGCAUGUCAGCGGCACGAAGCGGAGUUUCCGCCAUUCUCAAGGUUAUCCCGAUGAACAUGUCGAUCAACCGCCAAGCAGCUUCAGGACUUUUUACUCUUCGCCGAGAUCUGGUACCCCAAGGAGCUCCGCCAGGGAUCCGCAGCCCCAGUGGCCAAGCUGA